ACGUGUUUCUUUCCCGAGGUUGAAUGCUCUACCUGCAGCACCAUAGGUUUGGAGAGAAGUGGAAGCGAGUGUGGUGUGUUCUCUACAGGGAGAGCUCCUGUUCUAUUUCCAGACUCGAGUUCUUUGAAUGUAAAGAUGAAGGAAACGUGGAAAAGAACGACAAGAGUCUUCGAAGACAACAGGAACACAAGAAGGUGAUCAGACUGGCCGACUGUAUCCGGGUGACGGAGCUGGAAGUGGGCGGAGCUCCCAGAGACACCGGAAGCUUCCUGGUGGAGACAACGGACAAGAUCUACGUCUUCGCCGCGGACAGGAGACAGCUGGACGACUGGACACACACGCUGUGUGAGGUCGCCUUCCCUAUGAGCUGGCUGGACGGGAGGCGGGGACUCAGGGACGAGGACCAGAGGAUGGAGGACAACAGUCUGUACUGCGGACGAGACACAGUGUGUGACUUCAGGGUGUGUGUGCGGAGGACCGAGGCGUCCGAUCGCUGUGGUCUCAGAGGAGACUUGAUCCUUCGGGCCGAUCGAGACGUCCUGCAGCUCCUGGACCAGGACAGACACGUCCUGCUCAGCUGGGAGUACACACACCUGAGACGCUUCGGCAGGGACAGGUCCUCGUUCUCCUUCGAGGCGGGCCGCCGCUGUGUCUCUGGAGAAGGCAGCUUCGAGUUCCAGACCCGUCGGGGGAACCAGCUGUUCCAGGCCGUGGACGCCGCCAUCAACCUGCAGAGAACCCGGCUGUCCCACAGGAAGACCUGCGGCCCGGGUCCAGCAGUUCCAGCAAUUCCAGCAGGUCCAGGGAGUCCCCAAAGUCUGAACUUGUCCCCGUUAAACCUGGACCCUGCAGCCCAGGAUUGCAGUGUCUACAGCGUUGUCACGGAAACCUCCACCAUCCACCACAAAGACAGAGAGCAGCACCGCCCCCUGCUGGUCUGUGGAGGUUCUCCGGUGACCGGGGUCAGGAGUUUGACCCUGGACUCUGGUCCGGGUCUCCUGGUUCCACGGAAGAACCAGGUGAAGAUGAUCUCCAGCUGCCCGCUGCCCCACGUCACCCCAGACGCCUCCCCCGGCCCCGCCCCCGGCCCUGGCCCCGCCCCCGCCGUCCGCCUCAGCCCAAACCCGCGCCCGGGCGCCACUGACCGGACCUGCUCUCAGAUCUCGCUGUCGGAGAGGAGGAGCCGUGUGGCUCCGCCCCCUGCCAGGGAGUCCGAGUACUCGCUCCCCUUUGACACGGUGGGCCGGAACCCCCGGCGGGCGCCGCACGGCGGGCCUGGCGCCGGCCCCGGCCCCGGCGCCGACCCGCUGUACGACAGCAUCGACGACUUGCAGGUGGGGAAAACGCUGGGACCCGCCUACGCCAGGGGGGAGCACAUCUACGACGAACCGGAGGGGACCGCCGCCGCCCCGCCCCCAGCCCCGCCCCCAGCCCCGGACGCCACGUCGGUUUACGACGACCCCGAAGAGAUGAGAGGGGACGCCUGGAGGAUCAUGGGAACUGCUGCAGACCCCAGAGGACACCAGUUCCCCUACAACCCCCGGGUGGACGACUACGCCGUCCCCAAGAGAGUCCCCAGGACCCAGAGCCCCGCCCAGAACCAGGAGGAGGAGCAGGAGGAGGAAGAGGAGGAGCAGGAGCAGGAUCAGGGUCAGGAUCAGGAUCAGGGUCAGGAUCAGGGUCAGGGUCAGGAUCAGGGUCAGGAUCAGGAUCAGGGUCAGGAUCAGGGUCAGGGUCAGGAUCAGGGUCAGGAUCAGGGUCAGGGUCAGGGUCAGGACCAGGAUCAGGGUCAGGGUCAGGAUCAGGACCAGGAUCAGGGUCAGGGUCAGGAUUCUCCGUACAAAAACGUAACAAUGAAAAUGUCGGAGAAGUGAAGAUGUGUCUGAAACGAUCAAUAAACAGAUCUGAUCCUGGUCCAGCUGGACCAGCUUGGCUCCA